AAAGUGGUGGGGCCCCACGCCAGACAGUGACUCUCGGCAAGUCCACGAGUGCGCUACCAAAAUCUCGCGCGCGUGUGUGCAUGUGUGUGUCAGUGUGAUAAGUGUGCCUGUUUUGAUAUUUGACGGUGAAAAUCGCGACAGCCCAGUCGAAUAGUUGGUCUAUUUAACCAUCUGGUCCGUCUGGCUUCGCCUUGUAACAGUGAAGAGUGCCGGGCGUGAAGAGUUCCGAGUGGUUAUCACACGCGCCUGAGGCCUAUAAUGACAGAAUUUGGUGCGCCCUGCGGUCGCGUCUCGGAGGAAUGCUAGUCACGGGUCUCUAUGGAGUGGGGUUACUGGAGUGAGCUGGUGCGGGGUGGGGGGAGCGGAGGGCGUGCAUAUGAGCGGCGGGAGGGCAUGGAAGACCUGUCGUUGGAAUCGCUCAGUUUGAUGGAGAGGUCACGGCGCGUCGGUGUCGUAAGCCUCGGAGGCGGGGGAAUCGUCGGAGGCGGCAAACGACGGCUGCCGUCCCCCCUCAGCCCGGAUUCGGCCCUCGGCAGCGACGAAGAGGCGAGGAAGGCCGCACGCACCGAAGAAGACGACGACGAGGAAGAGGAGGAGCCACCCCGUCACCUCCGCACUCCGUCGGUCGUCAUCAGCGAUUAUUCAGACGACCCUCUUAUGGCCUCGUCGACCCUCAGCCUCGAAGAGAUCGAGAGGCUCCGGGCCGAGUACGACUCCAGGAGCGGACAAGACUCCGGCUCCGAGUGUUCCGCGACUAGUUCCUGGAGCUCUUGGGGGCUGGAACCCGCUGACUAUUCGCUGCGGACACCUCAGAGGAAAGCCAGCGAUUGCUCAACCUGUUCCACCCUGAGUGGAGACGAAGACAACCUUCAACCAGUCAUCCUGCAACAGCUCGUCACCAAAAAGCCGUCCGGAUGGAGAAAGCUGAGGAACAUAGUUCAAUGGACACCAUUCUUCCAGACCUACAAGAAACAAAGAUACCCGUGGGUUCAGUUAGCCGGACACCAAGGUAAUUUCAAAGCUGGACCGGAGCCGGGGACAAUUUUGAAAAAGUUAUGCCCGAAAGAGCAGCUGUGCUUCCAGAUCCUGAUGAAGGAUAUUUUAAGGCCGUACGUUCCUGAGUAUAAAGGGCACGUCACCUGCGACGAUGGAGAUGGAUCGUCUAUGUACCUGCAGCUUCAAGACCUUCUGGGAGACUUCACGAACCCUUGCGUCAUGGACUGUAAAAUCGGCGUGAGGACCUACCUCGAAGAGGAAUUGGCUAAAGCCAAAGAAAAGCCCAAAUUGAGGAAGGAUAUGUACGAGAAGAUGAUACAAAUCGACUCGAACGCGCCGACAGAAGAAGAACACCGGCUGAAAGGAGUGACUAAGCCCAGAUAUAUGGUGUGGCGUGAGACAAUUUCUUCUACGGCUACCCUUGGUUUCAGGAUUGAGGGAAUUAAGAAAAGUGAUGGGAAAUCAAGUAAGGAUUUCAAAACAACACGAACCCAGUCACAAAUCAAAGAAGCCUUUCGAGAUUUCUGUGAGGGAUUUCCCCAUGCAAUACCCAAAUAUAUUCAAAGACUUAAAGCAAUUAAAGCUACAUUAGAAGUUUCAACAUUUUUCCAGACACAUGAGAUGAUCGGUAGCUCUCUACUCUUUGUCCAUGACCAGAAAAAUGCCAAUGUCUGGCUGAUAGACUUUGCAAAGACAUUGGAGCUACCCAAGAAAAUGACCAUCGACCAUAAUUCCUCCUGGGUCGUUGGUAACCAUGAAGACGGCUACCUGAUCGGUAUAAACAACCUCAUAGGAAUAUUCAGCGAAAUGGCAGCUGCCCAGAUGGCAACGACGACGCUAGUCGUGACGGCUCCUAUGGACCAAGAACCCCAAACUAACAAUUCACAGGAUAUUACAUGACUUAAACUAGUGUGGAGCAAUAGCAAAUGUCAUUCGAGCAUUAAUUAAUAAAAUGUUAAAUAUGCCAAAAAGAAACGUUCUCAGAAAACUAGCUUUAACGGAAAAAAAGAAAAUCUAAUAUCUGCAGGAGAAAAUGUACCUUUGUAAAAAUAUGUAAGACAACUUUUGCGAGGCCACUAAAAACGAAACUAUUGUAUAUAAAAUAAAAAGUUACAUUUCUAAGGAAAAUGCUGUACGCAAGGGCAGAUAUAGAUCUGAGCUGAGUUCUCUACCUCUGUAUAAUAAUGAAAUAUACAUUUUGUUUUUAUAUAAAGGUGUAUUUCUUACAAAACAUUUUGUGAAUAGUAUUUUUUUUAUAUUGAAUACACCAUUCAAGUGAUUUGUAAUUUACAUUUCAUCCAGAUUUUGUACGUAUUUUGUAUAUACAAAUUUGAUCCCAUAUUUUCAUUAAUAGCAAUAUUAUUCAGCUUUAUUUUUGUUAUUGUCUUUUUUUUUCAUAGGUCUCUGUAAUAGGACAUCUGUUGUCUCCUUAAUUUAUUUAAUUGUAUAUAAAUUGUGUGAUAUUAUUAUUAAUAUUAAUGUUAAAUAGUACUGAUUUUUUGUUCUUUACACUCUGAAAAGUAUGUAUUUAAUAUUAUACAGCCUGGAAAAUAAAAUUCACUUCUAGAAAAUCUUUUAAUAGAUUUUACUAUCAUUGGAUUCAUUAUAAAAUAUUUUAAUGUGGUGGAAAAAAUGUAAAAAUCACCAAUUCAAUAUUUUAACUAUCAUUUUCGUAAAUAAAUUAGCAAAAAACCAAACUUUUGACUAAUUUUCCUGU